UUGGGUUAUGAGAACAUGGAGGCAGAUAGAGGUUCUGAUCAAAUGACAGCUUCAGGAUCCGGCGAGGUCAAGCGUACGUCCAAAGAUAAAUCCAAAGUUGGUGCUCUCGCUAUAGAAUUUGAGUAUUAUGGGGGGGUAAUUAGUAACGUCGAGCCAGCCUUAACGGAUUCAGGGGUACGUGCACUAGCGGUGGAUUGGAAGAAGAAAUUAUUCGAAGUUGGCUAUCAUGUGGAGAGAUUGAGAGACAAGCGUAACAGGUACUUGGCGGGAUUAACAAUCAAUAUGAUCAACGACAAGAUGACUGGUAUUUUCGAUACGGUACCUCCAGAUGGACCCUUGCCUGAAAUCGACGAGUUAUCGAUUAUCACGUCGGGGGAGGCCGACUGGGAGAAGGACAGCACGUGGUCCGAAUUUUACUCUGCCAUUCCGGAAGUCACAGAUGAAAUUUCCUGCACGUUUCACUCUAAUGAAGAAGAUUGCGAGGAGGACGCGUCCAUGGAUAAACAGCUGGAAACUGAAUUUUGGUUUCUCCUCUAUCAAAUUCGACCCUGUGCUGCCAUCAUGCCCUGUCCUUACUCCAAGUCUAAAGUGAUCCACUGGAUUUACACCCUGUGUCGUCUGAGCGCGAAGAAAUGUUUCAAGAUGAAGACUUUGAGAAAUGAUUACGCUUAUUCGCUUCUUUCGUAUGUUAUCGAUCUCAAAGUUGCUGGACCCUUUGAAGACAGUCCGCCAAGGCGCAAAUUACCUCCUCUUGCAGAAAUCGCCAAAAAAAUUGCUGAGAAAUAUCCCAUAACAUCUCCGUACAACUGCCAAGCAAAUUCCUUCAUGGAUGCGCAACCAGCCCUCGAGGAAGGUGCUAUCUGUUAUGUAGCAGUCACUGGAAAUCAGUUUGAUCCAAAUACAUUACUUCCAAGAUAAACCCCGGAAAAAUGAAUGACAAGACCCUUGUUUUCUGAGCUAAAUCAGAAUAAAUUCAUUGAAUCCAUACACUGAA